AUGAUGCUAGACGCUUUGUUGAAUGACUUGUCCAAAUCCUGUGAAGCCCCGGGGCUAUUUUUCAUCACCCACGGUGAGCCCUUCGAGCCCAUAACUUUGGCUUUUUCUUCUUUCCUGGGGUUAUUUCUGGACCCUAGACCCGAGUCCCUUGAAAUAAAAGUUAACUUCGAUGCAUCACGAUUCACGAUUCACGAUGCUCGAUGCUUACAAGUACGAAGUCAUAUCUUCAACGGCUCCCUUCCGAAACAUCUUAGAUUAUCAUUCCAAUGCGCCAAUGCCAGCCAUGAUGCUGACGAAAACUCGGAAAGAUCUAUGAUAUUAAUUUUGAAGCUGCGAUCUCAAACCGUCGAUGCUUCCGAGUUGAGUAGCACAGGUACGAAGUUAACUGCCGCGAUUUAUGUCUCGAUUCCCUCGACCCAGCCCUCGCACGCACAGGAGUUUAGGAGGAUGCUCAAGUGUCCGCUUCCAACUCAUCACUUCCGAGUCACUUCCGAAGAUCUCACAUGGUAUGGGAAAGUAUCUACCAAUGUCAUCCCGGUACACACGACGCUUGAAGUAGUAGCAUCUCCGCCAUGCAGCGGAUAUCCAUUAAGUACUUUGGCUUGUCGAUUGAGAGCUGAGACGAAGAACCUGCAUUUGUACACCGGCACGGAUAUAGCGUUGUUGUCAAACUUUUAA